AUGAAUAAUUUUGAAGACAAUCAGCAGAAAGGUCCACCACCAUAUGAGACGGCAGUCGACUCAAACACAAAUGUCGGUGGAAUACCGCAAACAACAGAAAAAUAUGGGUCUUAUCCACCAUCGUCACAACCAUCUAAUAAUCCUGCAUAUAUGCCACAAACUCUUAAUCCAACAUUACCAAAUUCUUCCACGAUGUAUCCAGAGCUACAAACAAUACCAGUUAUUAUUGGUGUACCAGUUUUUGGACCAAAUUCCUGUACAAUGACUUGCCCUAGUUGUAAUAAAGCCAUUGUUACGGAAACACAUACGCGUGCCGGUUUACUAGCAUACACGAUCUGUGGAAUACUGCUACUUUUUGGUUUUUAUUUUACAGUUGCUGGCUUGGUUGCUGCUUAA